CACAUCUCGGUCUUCUCUACCUCUGUUAAAGAUGGACCUGAACAACCUCAAGGUCAUGGCCAACCGUGCUGGCAACACGCUCUACUUUGCUGGUGCAGCUGCCGCUGAAAUUGGCAAGGAGAAGGGAACGCAGGCGUUCGCCGCCGCGUCGGGGGCAGCCGCCGUCGGCCGCGACAAGAUGAAGAGCUCUACGACGUUUCAGAGCGCCACAGUAGCUGCGACGGUGGGGCGGGAUAAGGUCAAGACGUCGCAGGCCUUCCAGGCGGCCUCGUCGGCUGCCGUCGUUGGUAAGGAGAAGGCCACGACGGCCGCCUCUACCGCUGCAACUGUUGCAUCCGCCGGUCGCCUCAAGGCCGUGAGCGCGCUGGUGCUAGCCAAGAACCGCAUCACUGGGCUCAAAAGCGGCAACUCGCCCAGCUCACCGACGUCUGGCAAUCUGCCGUCGGCUGAGAAGGAGUUCUACAAGUACGAAAUGUCUGAAGAGGAGAAGAAAAAGAAACGCGCACAGGCUCGCCGUCGCGCCGAGAAGAACAAGCAACCCAGCUCCAGCUCCAGCUCUGGCCCGAGCUCUCGACGAGAAGGGAGCUCCAGACCCGCUACAAGCUCGAGCUCCCGAUCCGCCGGAUCAAGCAGCAAGUCCAGCAGUAGCAGCUCCAGUAGCAGGAGCAACCGAUCGGCCGGCAACAGCCGGCGACCGGGCAGUAGCAGACGCAACAAAGGAGAGCACCAAUUGUAGAAACAAGAGAAUGCAUGUAACCAUCUUCACUGCUGGUGCAAUGAGCGCGU